GUGAUCUCUGUUUCAGUCUCACAAAUUGUUCUGGUCAUCCAGCAGAGCAAAGCACGUCCUGUUCUGUAAGAAACAACAACAAGCGAUCAGUAACAUCAAGAUGUUUUGGAGAAUUCUCUUCGUGACAGUUGUGCUGUCUGUUUUGGGCUCUUCUAUGGGUGCAGACAUGAACUGUACAAGCCUGACUAAUUGUGAAAAUUGCACACAAGCAGUUGGAUGUGUGUGGAUGACAUGCUCAGUUAAUAAUGCUACCUGUUAUAACAGCUCUACUGUUCCUGAAAGCAGCUGCAACAACACUUCUUGCGCAAUUGAAACAACCACUGUAUCGCCGAGCACUGCUACGACCACCAACGCCACUGCAGCGACCAAUGCCACCAGCUCAACAACCCCCGAGACCACUGCCACCAAUUCUACAUCUGCACCGGUCACCUCUUCCACUGCGAGUACCACUACGUCAAAUGCCACUACAACAGCACUGCCUCCGACCCCUUCGAAGAAAUCUACGUUCGACGCCGCCAGUUUCAUCGGUGGGAUCAUCCUCGUGCUCAGCCUGCAAGCUCUCAUCUUCUUCCUCUACAAGUUUUGCAAGUCCAAGGAUAGCAAUUACCACACUCUGUAAAGAAAAAGAAAAGAAAGAACCAAACAAAAAGAACAGAAAAGAAAAAAGCCUUUAGAAGCACCACAUUGCACAUCAUGUACACACACACACACACACACAUACACACACACAAACACACACACACACGCACCCUGAAGCAGUGGCAUUGUCACUUUUCCCAAUCCCUUGUCUAUAUUAGUUUCCUUAUUCACAGCUUCUGUCCAUUUUUAACACUUCUCCUUUAUCAGCCUUCUCCUUUAAAAAUAAUCGCUCCACCGCUCACAGUUCCAUUUUGUUCUCGUUUUCAAUGCCACUGCUUUACAAGGUGGGGGUUAAACAUUACAAAUCCCCACUUCCUUACAACGUAGCGUAAUCUGAGCUGCUUAGACACACACGAGUUCUCAUGAAGCCACACUGGUUGGUUGGUCGGGGUGUUUGUUUGUUUUAUCCGCACUUUGUUGAGAAAUCAUGAGAAAGGGGGGUGGAGCAAAUACGAUCCUUCACCUACACAAUUUUAGUUCUUAUCCCAAAGCCUUAGAUGUGUGUCAAAAUGUUUCGAUUGCUUUCAGUUGUCUGUUGUUUUUUUUUUUUGCCUGAAGCUUUGCUUUAAAAUAAUCACAUUUAGUGAAGUUUAUUUUUUUUUUGCUUUUUUUGUUGUUAGACUUUUCAUCAUUUUCAGCCAAGCCACAUGGCAUGAUCUGUCUAUUCGCAAUAAUAAAUCCUCAGUCCAUUUAACAACCAGGAUUAGUGAUAUUAAAGCCACUAGCCAAAAUCCAGUGCUAAAUACGGUAAUAAUGAAGCGUAUUGUAAACCUGAAAGUGUUUUGUUUGUUUGUUUUUUCCAAGAGGGUUUGAGACAGUGGUUGGUUUGAGUUGCUUUUUGCCUCCUCCUUCUUUUGCGCCUUAAAUGUGUAAAAGUUUAGACUCUGGUUUGCCACUUCCUGCUGGAGCGGGGUGUGUGUGUGUGUGUGUGUGUGUGUGUGUGUGUGUGUGUGUGUGUGUGUAUGCUCUCUAUAUUAUCAGUGAGGUUGAUUGAGGCUGCCAGCUGGACUGUUUGCUAUAUUAUUAAGAAUAUAUUAAUUAAGGGUUAAUUAGCAUUAGCUCAAGUCUGCGUCAGGGUUUCUUGACUUUGGCUUUCGAGCCUCUCUGCCUUACGCUUUUCUGCUACGCUUUUCAAGGCCUUUCACCUGGAAGGGAGCAAACUUCAAUGUUGAAGUUGAACUGAAGAAUCAAAAGGAAGGUUCUGUUGUGAAAAUCCUACGGUACUUUAAAAAAAAAAAAAAAAAAAAAAUCACUAAACGCUUUUUUUCAUGCUCUUUUGUGCUGAUUUUGCCAAAUGUAUCUGUGAUUUGAGGUCAGAGGUCAGAAAUCGUUCACAUCCUGUUUUUGUCCAGUCUCUGAGAAGUUUUGAAAUUUUUUCAUUGCCUAGUAACAAGAUAUGAGCUUAUUAUGGGGAUUUUUUUGUUCUUUUUCUUUUUCGAUCUGCCAAAAUACAUGUGAGCGUGUUGCUGUGUGUUGAGUUUGAUGCACUGUUUAUGGAGAAGAGGAAGUGUCUGACAUCCGAUGAUCCCGCUGCUGAUCAGGUGACGCCGUCUGUUGUGAUAAACAACUUGUCAUUCUGUCAGGUUGGGUUCUUAAAAAAAAAAAAGCUGGUUGUGUGCCAUUUUUGUUUGUUUGUUGUUUUUUUUAAUUAUUAUUAAUAUUUUUCUUUAUGACUUUUGAUUAGCGCCUUAAUCGUUGCUGUCGGUUUGACGACGUGCUCUGGAAGGCAUGUUUAUUUUUUUGCCUUGCACAUGGAUUAGUCACGCUAAACGCUAAUACAAAAUACGACGCUCACCGGUUUGCUCUGAGUAUAUUUUACUUUUAAUUUUUAUGUAGCGAGGCUUGCUGGGAAAAACAACCGGAGUCAAGUUGUGUCAAGGGUAUCCAGCAUUGAAGGAUUUUUUUUUUUAACAUAAGAGAUGCUAGUCAAUUUUCAGAUCAAGAGCUACCCCCUUCUUUCUCUCUCUCUCGUCUCGUAUCCUCACAGUCAGACUCAGAGCUCCACAGUGAUGGGAUUAGACCCACGCUGAAACAUGAGCACUGUUAUCUCCAUGGAAACAGCCUUGACAAAACGAACCCACUUUUAUUUUUGUUGUUUUCUUCCUGAACUCGAAUCUCUUCUUUCUCGUCGCACCUCUUGUAAACGAAGUGCCUUACUGAUGUAGAUAGUUUCAAAAUGAAGUCUUUAAAAAAAAACUCGUUCAUUCUCAAGUUUGGGAUGAGAACGAACUUUGAAUGUUAAUUUUUAUGGAGAAAACGGAGAGCUGAGCGGAACUCUGUUGCCCUCUCGCUCUUUCUCUCUUGUUGAUUUGCAUUAAAUCCCAGCGCUCGUUUCCUUCUCUUCACUUUGCCGGUUUGUGUUCAGAACGAGUGUGUAUUCACACCACAGACGACCUUUGGUCCUCGUGUAGUCGUGAGAGAGCAAAACACACUCCUGCACCUCUACAUGCUGUUGCUUUACGUUGCCACGAGGUCUGCCUUAAAAUGUUUUCAGCUUUGUAUUGUUAUUAUUUUUUUCUUUUUGCAGUGCCGAUUAGGUUUGAAGAUGCUCAGUAAGUUUGAAGAUGUUAAAAGAAAUCAAUAAUUAAUUAAAAACUGAGUAAUGUAAAAACGACAAA